AUGUCCCGCAAAGGCGUCGGCAUCGCCGCCUUCGACCGCUCCCGCAUCACCUCCCGCCAGUUCGCCUCCCACGGGUCCUCCCUCCGGGCCACCAACGCCCAGGCCCUCGAGACCCAGCUCGCCGUCUUCCGCUCCCUCCUCCAGCAGUUCGCAGCCACCCACGCAAAGGACAUCCGCUCCGACCCGUCCUUCCGCGCCCAGUUCGCGCGCAUGUGCUCCGCCAUCGGCGUCGACCCCCUCGCCUCUUCAUCCAACUCAUCCAACUCAUCCUCCAAAGGAAGCGGCAGCGGCAACUCCGUCUGGGCGCAGCUCCUAGGCCGCACCGUCAACGACUUCUACUUCGAGCUCGCCGUCCGCAUCGUCGAAGUCUGCGGCGCCACGCGCGCCGAAAACGGCGGCCUCAUCUCCCUGUCCGACCUCCGCGAGCGCGUCUCCCGCCGCCGCAUGGAAGGCGCCGGCGCCAUCAGCGACGACGACGUGCGCCGCGCCGUCGAGACCCUCCGCCCCCUCGGCGGCAGCUACGCCGUCGUCGUCGUCGGCCGCAAGGAGUACGUCCGCAGCGUCCCGCGCGAGCUGAGCACCGACCAGGCCGCCGUCGUCGAGGCCGCCCAGGUCCUGGGCUACGUCAGCGUCGGCUUGCUGCGGGACAAUCUCGGCUGGGAGACGGCGCGGUGCAGGACUGCGCUGGACGAUUUGGUGGCGGGCGGCAUGCUGUGGGUGGAUGCGCAGACGGGGGGCGAGGCCGAGUAUUGGAAUCCGGGCGUUAUGGGGGAUGCGGGGAAUGAUGGCGAUGCUGGUGUCUGA